AUGGGCGCUACCAAUGACCACCCCGCUCCCUCCAUCGACAGUGCCACAACACACACUGCGACGUCGGAUCAUUCCACUCCAGCCAUGAGCGAUCAAGUGAACGAUGACCCCGAGAAGGGGAUGCGCACAACCGACCUCGUCGAACCAGCGACAACGGAUGCCAAUGCGGAGCCCGUAUCGGAGAAAAAGGAGGGUUUUGCUGCAGCUCCUGCAGGUCCUCCGGGUCCAGGUCCUCCCCCGGAUGGAGGAGCUGAGGCGUGGAUGUCUGUGCUAGGAGCGUUUUGCGGGCUGUUUGUCAGUUUCGGAUGGAUCAACUGCAUCGGGGUCUUCCAGACGUACUACGAGAGCCAUCAACUAAGCGACAUGUCCACCAGUACUGUGACAUGGAUCACGUCAAUUGAAACAUUCGUGAUGUUCUUUGCGGGCCCGAUAUUCGGCACCCUCUUCGAUAGCUAUGGCCCCCGAUAUAUCCUGCUGGGCGGUACCUUCCUCCACGUCUUUGGCCUUAUGAUGACUUCGCUUUCAACUGAAUACUACCAAUUCAUCCUCGCGCAAGGAAUCUGCAGCCCGCUCGGCGCCAGCGCCGUGUUCAACGCCAGCGUGAACUCGGUUAGCACCUGGUUUGCGAAACGCCGUGGGUUCGCGCUGGGGGUCACGGCUUCCGGGUCGAGUCUUGGAGGCGUGAUCUUCCCCAUCAUGGUGACAAAACUGAUUCCCCAGGUCGGAUUCCCGUGGGCGAUGCGCAUCUGCGCCUUCUUGAUUCUGGCCUUGCUGGCCGUUUCCAAUCUGACCCUGAAGUCGAGGUUGACGCACACAAAGAAGCCUUUCGACAUCAUGAAUUUUGUUCGGCCGUUGAAGGAUCUUAAGUUUGUCGUCACGGUUGCAGCGUGUUUCUGUUUCUUCUGGGGCAUGUUCUUGCCGUUCACGUUUGUGAUUACUCAGGCUCAGCGAUAUGGCAUGUCGCAGAACUUGUCGCAGUAUCUCAUUCCGAUCCUGAAUGCGGCUAGUAUCCUUGGCCGUACGAUUCCCGGUUACCUGGCAGACCGCGUUGGCCGAUACAACGUGAUGAUCAUCUUCAGCUAUCUCUCCAGCAUCCUCGUACUGGCCCUGUGGCUCCCAUCACGCGGCAACGCGCCCGCAAUCGUGUUCAGCGUCCUAUACGGCUUUGGAUCAGGAGCGUUUGUGUCCCUCACCCCAGCUCUUAUUGCGCAAAUCUCUGAUAUGCGAGAGGUGGGUGUCCGCAAUGGUACUUGCUUCUCUAUCAUCUCCUUCGCCGCUCUCACUGGUACCCCGAUCGGUGGUGCCCUGAUUCCCGAUGUACUCCACGGCUCGUACACAAGGCUACAGAUUUUCUGCGGCGUGGUCAUGCUGGCGGGUGCGACUUUAUUCAUUGUCGCCCGAAUUAUUCUUGGCGGACUGAAGUGGGCCAAGGUAUAA